AUGCGAGAAAAUAAUAAAUAUCCUCUUGAAUACUUUAUUAAAAUGGAAGAAAAGGCAGAAGCACUUGUAAAAUAUGUUUCUGAUUUUUCAAGGAUUAGUCUAAUCAACAUGGCUAAGAAGGUAGAACGUUAG